CCGUAACAUCAACACGGAAGUCAGUACCUGAAUGAAAAUGUCAGAGAGCAGCUUCAAGCCUGUUAAACAUGUCAUCUUUGACAUGGACGGAUUGUUGUUAGACACAGAGCGACUUUACACCGUGUCCUUCCAGGAGAUCUGCGAUCGCUUCGGGAAGCGCUACACGUGGGACGUGAAGUCGUUGGUAAUGGGUAAGAAAGCUCUGGACGCUGCGCAGAUCAUCCGGGAUUCUCUGGGACUUCCCAUGACUGCCGAGGAGCUCCUGGCUGAGAGCCGGCAAAUCCAGGAGAGGAUCUUCCCGUCCGCCCAGCUCAUGCCGGGUGUGGAGAAGCUGGUCCGUCAUCUGCGCAAGCACAAUGUUCCUGUCGCCGUGGCGACCAGCUCGGCCGGUGCCACGUUCCGACUGAAGACAAGUCAGCAUGGGGAGUUCUUCAAACUGUUCGAUCACGUGGUUCUGGGAGACGACCCGGACGUGAAGAAGGGCAAACCCGAACCGGACUCCUUCCUGGUUUGUGCCGGAAGAUUCCAGCCUCCUGCGGACCCACAGCAGUGUCUGGUGUUCGAAGAUGCUCCGAACGGCGUGAAGGCGGCGCUGGCCGCCGGGAUGCAGGUGGUGAUGAUCCCCGACGACAACCUGGACCCCGACCUGACCCGGGAGGCCACGCUGCGGCUACGGAGUAUGGAGGACUUCCAGCCGCAGGCGUUCGGCCUGCCGGCGUACGACUGACUCCGCCCUGCGUCCCACUGCCCACCCGUUCCGUCUGCACGGAGAAAUCACUCACGCCUUACAAAGCUGAACCUCCGUCCAAGAAUUCAGGUUCCACAAAAUCAGUGAACACAAGUCGUGUCCUCUGAGAUUCAGAGUUUGUGGGAAGAGACGGAGCUUCAAACACUUUAAAUUUUAACUUAUUCACAGAUCAUGCUGAACGUUUUGUACGAUUUCAGACCGCUAUGGGUGACGUCAUGUAAGUUUUGUCCAUCUUUAUAAACAGUCAAUGGGAGAAUCGCCUGUUUGUUUAUUAAAUGAUUAUAAAAAACAAAAAUCAUGUCUUUAGUGGUAUUACACCUCAUUUCAGCUGAUGGUUCAUUUCCCAAAUCCUGUGAGACGCUGAAUCCAGUGUUUAUUGUAACGAAGAAAG